AGAGGUGGUACUGGGCUCAGCCCAGGGGGUGGGGCGGGAGCAAUCGGAUCCCAGCAGAUGCUUUUUAUAACCCGUGAAUCAGCCAGGGAUGGGGUGUGGGGGCCCGCCGGCCAGCAGAGGGGUGACCAGCCACUUCAGGAAGGCCGGAGGCUUCAGGAUUAUCCAGUGGCAAAAAAGGAGGCCCAGAUUCUGAGACUUGGUGACAGCAUUUUGAGCAUCUGCGAUGCCAUUCUGAGCUUCAGCCCUGCUGAUUUGCUGGAUCAGCUGGCGGUGCUGGAGCUGGUGGAGCUGAGAGCCAGGCAUCCGGAGGAACCCCUGGGCCUGGAAAUCUUAAGCACCAGCAGCCGCCACCACUUUGUGUCUGGGACAGCCCCAGAGUCUCCUGCUGACGGCUGUUCCCGGAUCUUGCUUGGGGACGAGAUCGUCCAGGUCAACGGGCAGGUGGUGGUGGGCUGGCCGCGGGCGAGCCUGGACAGGCAGCUGCUCCAGGACCCAGCCCUACUCAGACUGGUGCUGAAGACUGUUCCUGUGCCCACGACUGACCCUCAGAGCCCCUCAGACAUUUCCUCCUCAAGGAACCAAUCACCAGGCUUGGCGUCCGCAUCUCCCAGAGCCACAGAAGACAGAGAAGCUGCCUUCGUCUUUGACCAGAUCCCAGAUGCAAGAUCCCCCAGCUCCCCUGAGGCAGGCCCAGCCACACCUUUAGGCUUUGGCAAUAUCUGGGAGUCUGACAGGGUACCCAGCUCCCCUGUAGUGGCAGAUCCCCAGCCGGCAGCCCAGCUAGCCACAGAGGAAACCUCAGAGAAUCACGCAUCCCCAGAGCCCUUGGACAAGAGUCCUUCCUGCAGUCGGAGGAAAUCAAAAUCCAAAGGGGUGGCGACACGGCUGAGCAGGCGGCGGGUGUCGUGCCGGGAGCUAGGCCGGCCAGACUGCGAUGGGUGGCUUCUGCUUCGGAAGGUGCCUGGAGGCUUCAUGGGCCCCCGCUGGCGCCGGUGCUGGAUGGUGCUGAAGGGCCACACCCUCUACUGGUACCGGCAGCCCCAGGAUGAGAAGGCUGAAGGGCUCAUCAAUGUCUCCAACUAUAGUCUGGAGAGUGGUCGGGACCAGAAGAAGAAAUAUGUGUUCCAGCUUACCCAUGAGAUAUACAAGCCUUUCAUCUUUGCUGCAGACACCCUGGCUGACUUGAGCAUGUGGGUGAGCCACCUGGUGACCUGCAUUUCCAAGUACCAGCCUCAGAGCCAAAUUCCUGCACCCAGAGAGGAAGACUGUUACAGUGAAACAGAAGCAGAGGACCCCGAUGAGGAGGCUGGGUCCCGCUCAGCCUCACCCAGCCCAGUAGGAGCCUGGAGUUCUCCCCAUGGGGAUGCCUCCCCCUCAGCCACAACCCCCCAGGGCAGUCCCCGGGUGUCACAUAGCCCUUCAACAGCCUCGGAUAGCAGCAGUGAGGGGGCGUUGGAGCACCUCGUCCGCGGCCUACAGCAGGGGGGAGUGUCCCUUCUGGGCCGUCCACAGCUCUUGACCCAAGAACAAUGUCGCCGCUCUUUUCUGCGCCGGGCCCGUGACCCCCAGCUCAACGAGCGGGCCCAUCACGUGCGUUGCUUGCAGAGCACACUCAAGGCGAAGCUUCAGGAGCUGCAGGUCCUGGAUGAGGUGCUGAAUGACCCCACGUUGACUUCUGAAAAGUUCCAGAAGUGGAAAGAGAAGAACCAGGAAUUGUACUCAGACCGAGCUGGGGGCUGGGCUGGGACAGGGGCUGAAGGGGCCUCCUACCACCCAACCCCUGAAGCUGAAGAUGGUGCAGCCUCUGACCCCAACCGGCACCUGCCUCCUGACCCCCAAAGCCCAAGACCACCUGACCUCUGACUCUGGGGAUAAGAGGACAUUGGCUUUCUAAUCUCUCCUACCCAGGGAGUUCCCAACUGUUAGACAGGUAGAGUUAUCUAUCCACCACCUGACCUGUGAGGCCACCCCCCUGCUUUGUCCAGCACGGGCUGGUCGAGGUUCUCUCUGGGCUCUGACUAGGGCUGAGAACCCCAUCACUGUGCCUCCAGCUGUCCCCUAGGCUAUUGGGACAGGUGGCAAGUCUCUAUUUCCUGCUUCACAGACUUCUGCUCAUGCCCCUUCCCCUAUUCUCCUUCCCUUGGUACCCCCAAAUGGUCCAACCUGUUUUCCUGCAACUCAAAGCCCGUGACGUGCCGCCUUCCCUCUGACCAGAAUCAAGGACGAGGAGAACAGAGCCUAGCAUCAUUUUAGAUCUUAUCAUCAGUUACCCCAAAGACGGAAAAUGAGAGAACAGAUGGACAAAAAUGUGCUUUUGGAAGGAGGUUCCAGAAGUGGAGCAUGGUGGGGAAGCCAAGGGACCCAGUCCCCUAUUCUGGUCAUGUAGCCAGGUGACCAGGGAGUCUAGCACUGCUCAAUCCCUACUUGUCCCCCUCCCUGCCUUGCUCUAUCAGCACACGCGUACCUCAUUUUACAGAAUGACCGCAUUUCAGCACAUUAAAAGAGAUUUACUCUGAAGUGUUCCU